AUGAAUAAUCACCAACAUUGUCACAAAUGUAAUCAUGGACAGCAUACACUAGCAUCAUUUGUAGCAGAGCAUCCAGCAGAAACAUUAGCAGCAUUCACAACAGUAACACUUGUAGUAGCAGGUAUAAGAGAUAAAAUGUCAAACAUCAAUCCUUUAGUAAUGUUUUUACCAGCAAUUAGUAUAAAAAAUAUAAUAAAGGGUGUUGGAGUAAUUUUUGCUGUCACAGAAAUUACAGGAGUAACAGGAAUAACAGAAAAAAUUAAUGAGGCAGUAAAAUAUUUGCAAGAAUCUGUACAUACUCAUGAUGAAAAAUGCGAGCAUCAUAGUAAUGGUAAACAAGAAGAAGUCAGCGCAGAUAUGCAAAAACUUAUUGAUGAUGUUAUAACUGUAUUUCCAGAAAAUUCUAGUUUUGAAGAUUAA